AACAUUGAUGCCAAAGUUCACUUGCAUUUUUUUUUCAAUUUCUAAAUAAAUCAAUUUAAUUUUUGCUCAAAUUUAUACUUUCUAUUUAUAAAUAUUGAGCGUAUUUUAAAUGAUAAAGUUGAUUUACACCACACCUCCAGCAUUCUGCUUCCAAAGAAUACUACUCAACUCCUAUAGACAAGUAUUUCGUCACUCAAGAUGUAACUAAUAUUAAUUCUACAACUCACUGUAUUUAUUCAUUUGAUCAUAACAAUAAGCAACUUUGAGCAAUCAAUUAAGUUUAGUACCUUCAAAAUAUUUCUAGUUAAUAAUAUCUUCAAGUUCUCUUCAAAAAUAUUUACCUGUGCUUAUGACAUCUCUACAAUUUUACAUUCCUUAACCAGUCUGUUUUUCAUAGCAUUAAAUAUUCCUUCUCUUUUGAGUUUUAAAAUUUCUUAUCUCUACUAUUAAAAUUAAUUACAAGAAAUAGUCUUAAAAAAGUCAAAUAUUAAAUUCAGAUAAAUUCGUAAAAAACUUCCUCAUACAAACUACUCCAGAAAUUUAUCAAGCCCUUGUCAAAAUAUUGUCUUCAAUACACUACUCCGCUCUUGUCUUAAUAUUCCUUAAUGUAUUAAUUCAUCUUUUUCAAAUCUUCUUGGAUGA